AUGGACGGCUUUGUGGUGGAGGAGAUGGUGUCAGGUCCAUCCGCAGUGCUUAUUCGCUAUCGAAAUGGAUGCGUUGGUGCUCUGGGAUCGAACUCUGAAGGACAACUGAGCAGCGUUCACAAGGAAAUCCACGGUCGGGCCGUAAAUCUUGCACCGUCUUUUGCCUCAACAACUUUAUUCCCGAUGUACACCCCCGCAUCGGCAUUGCCGCGGGAUGUGUGGAAGCGAUCUUGGCUAACCUGCGGAAGUGGGUUCAGCCUGCUUUUUGACGACGACGAGGUUUACCCCAUUGAUGAGCAGGUCAGGCCGAUUGAGCUGCCGCCUGGGGAACGAAAGCGCAUGAAUGGGGCCAUGCGGCAGAGUCUCUCGAAAGCCCUUCGUUAA